UACCCUAAAGACUUCCCUCCCCUCUCAUGUCGCCCGUCAGUUCGAGCAGCAUCGCCAGCACUUAGUGAUCAAGUAUCACAGAGAUCAGAAAGGAGAGUCUGCGUUCAGAGGUUUAAUGCUCGGCUCGACAUGCCACCUAACAUGGAUUAUUUCUACCACGAGUCCCGAGUCCCCUCAGCUUGCGGGCUGACCCGGGAGGACGAGCUGGAUCCCGAGGUCAUCAGCUGUAUGCUGGUCGGAGACGGAGCUGUGGGGAAAACCAGCAUGAUUGUGAGCUACACCUCCAAUGGAUAUCCGGCAGAGUACCAACAGACUGGCUUUGAUGUCUUUUCUGGUCAGGUCCAAGUAGAAGGAUCUCCAGUCAAAGUUCAGCUUCUGGACACUGCUGGACAGGAAGAGUUUGAUGAAUUCAGAGCUCUGUCCUACGCCCACACAGAUGUCUUCCUCCUGUGCUUCAGCAUGGUCAACCCCACCUCAUUUCACAACAUCACCAAGAAGUGGGUUUCAGCAAUACGGGCUCAAAACCCGUCCUCGCCUAUCGUUCUUGUUGGGACUCAAUCCGACCUCUUGCUAGAUGUGAACGUCCUCAUCAACCUGGACCAAUCCAACGUCAAGCCUGUUCUGAGCUCCAGAGCCCGGAGCAUGGCGGAGAAGAUCAGGGCUACGGACUACAUUGAGUGUUCCUCACUCACGCAAAAGAACUUGAAGGAGGCGUUUGAUGCAGCCAUCUUUGCAGCCAUUAAGAACAAAACUCGCAAGAACAAGAAGAGGAGAUUUUCUGACAGGCGCACUAAAGCUUUCUCCAGGUGCAGCUGGAAGAAGUUCUUCUGCUUUGUCUAAACCUACUAACAGACUCUGAACCCUGUGGGUUAUGGACUAAACUCUUAUUUAUUUAUAUUAGCUUUGAGGUCACAGCUUUGAUCUGUGGCAUCCACCCCUCCUACAUAUUUGGCAUCUUUUACUCCGGGAUGCCAAAUGGUGCAGAGAAGUAAAACAUGAGCAGAGUUAGCAUACAGAGAGGAUUAUGGGUCAUUCUCAGAAAGGGUGAGGUUUCACUCAGGACAGCUGUGUUUUUUACAUUAUAUCCAAAUAUGUUAUUGUUCCAGGGUUAUAUAAAAACAUAACUAACAUGUUGUAUAGUUCAGGUUUGUGCUACCUUUUGAAUUCACUAUUUGUGAGCCUUUAUGAGAAAAGCACAGUGACGUGAGUCAAAGGAGGCCAACAUAUAACCAACAUACAGCCACAGAGAGAGAGAGUGCAGGUCGUCAUGUAAAUGUUGUUGAUUUGCAUGCUGUGCUUUGCAGCUUUCAAUGCAAGUGAGAGAGAAACAGACAGUGUCCGGGCUCUGUUUGAGCACAUGGGCGUUAGCUACUUCUCUGUUGUAUUCGUGCUGUCUGGCUGCACCAGCCUAUUUAUAUGCAACAGCUGCAAGUUCAUGUUGCAGUGCAAGAUGCCACAUUCUUACCUGUGUGUGAAAGCUCCCCUGACUGGUAUUUUCUAGUCUGCAAGUUAGUUAUCCGGCAAUCGUACCACCACGUAUACCUGUGUUUACUGACAAUUCAUUAGCUAAUUUUUGGAAAAUAGUCUUAGAAUUAUAUUUUUUUCUGACAAACCUGAAAUAGAUAUAUUUUUUACAUCUUAAUUCUCAGAUUGACAUAGGAACUUGCUUGGAAAUCCUCUUCUCUGGGCUGAAAGGUUUCAUGGGAACAGUAAUCAUUGGCUUUUCGUGCCUUCCUCCCAUCAAUCUGCAUCUGUGAAAAGUGGCACUGCAGGAGUCUUGACUUCCACCCUGCAGUCCCUCCCACCUGGCUUUUUAUUCUGGCCUCUUUGUUAGUAAGCUGAAUACACUCCUUAUCUCCUCAAUGGGCCUGUAUGCAUAGACUUAUAGCCCGCAAAACUGCCUCUGUUUGAAUGUAAGUGUAAGCCAAUACACUGUAUGAGAAGCCUUGAUAUGGAUGUGCAAAAGAGAUUCAUAUUUUGCAUCCCAGUUUAAAAAUAUCUGGAGGUUUUACAAGUGACCAGAGUUCGGGCUUUACUGUAUUAUGCUUCUUGUGGAAGUGGAUUGAAUAUAAAUGUUAUUCUGUUUGUGAAAACAGGUUAUUUUUCAUGUUUUAUGUAUAUGAUAUAUAAAUUACGACAUGGAUUUUAAACGCAAUACUACUCACAAACUGGUUUUGUUACCAUUUGUAUCCCUGUCAUUAAUCUGACUCAACCAUCUCCCUCUCUGAUAUGUGUCUUUUUUACAUGUUGGAGCGAUGUGAUGCAAAUAAAUGAAGUGCAAAUUAUA